AGAAUAAUAACACGACGACUACUGUUCAGCUCACAUUGCAAAGCUGGUUAUGUGUGAGUGGAACAAACGACGGCAGCAUAGAGCCUAGAGUGGUAAAUGCCUGAUGCUUCGUCACUCGCACCUAUCACGGGAAGAAACCCAAAUCCAGGCCAUGGAAACCGCGGCGGCGGAGAAGGACCAUCUACUGUGUCAAAGCCAGUCGAGCUUUCAAUCUCGAGAACCCCACCAGCCCGGAUCGAGUAACCUUGAAUCUACUGAUUUGAUCAGAGCCGUAUGGCAGGAAUCGAAGAACUUGUGGCUCGUUGCCGGGCCCUCGAUCUUCAGCCGGGUCGCCAUGUUUUCAUUGACAGUCGUCACCCAAGCGUUCGCGGGCCACUUGGGCGAACUCAAUCUCGCCGCCAUUUCCAUGGUUUGCUUUGUCAUCAUCGGCAUCAGUUUCGGCUUCCUGUUAGGAAUGGCGAGCGCGCUGGAGACAUUGUGCGGCCAAGCAUACGGAGCAAAACAAUACCAUAUGUUGGGAAUAUAUAUGCAGCGUUCCUGGAUUGUGCUGUUCUUGUGUUCCCUACUGCUUCUGCCAUUGUUUCUGUUUGCAGCGCCGCUAUUGAAAUUAAUUGGGCAGCCAGCAGAUGUGGCGGAGAAGACGGGCCUUGUGGCUCUAUGGUUGAUACCAUUUCAUCUGAGCUUCCCGUUUCAGUUCACAUUGCAAAGGUUCUUGCAGUGCCAGCUCAAGGCGGGAGUCGUCGCUUGGGUCUCUGGUGGUGCUCUUGUUCUCCAUGUUGUAGUGAGCUGGGUUUUUGUUCACAAGCUGCAAGUUGGGAUUGUGGGGGCUGCUAUUACGAUCGAUUUCUCUUGGUGGGUCACGGUCUUGGCCAUGUUCUUGUACUGUGUUUGUGGUGGCUGCCCGGAAUGUUGGACUGGUUUCUCGGAUCAAGCUUUUGUGGGACUCUGGGACUUCUUCAAACUUGCAGUGGCCUCCGGAGUUAUGCUUUCGUUGGAGAACUUCUAUUACAAAGUGUUGAUUGUAGUUUCUGGGUAUAUGCAGAAUGUUAAGGUCGCAAUUGAUGCCCUCUCUAUCUGCAUAACAAUUUAUACCUGGGAGUCCAUGAUUCCACUUGGAUUUUUAGCUGCAGCCGGGUGAGUUUCUUAUUCUGAAAUGAAAUUCCUUGCUUGGAAGUUGACCCAUCUGUAGGAUAAGUGAUUACUUUUAAUUACUCCGUACUCGUAAACAUCACAACUGACUCAAGUGUUUGACUUGGUAUCCUGUCUAACUUAAACUUUAUAGUUGUUAUUCACUAACAGAAGCUCCUUUGGCAAUCGGAAAGCAGUUUCAUAUACAAGCAUGGCUUCAUUUGAGAAUUGGAACUUGAUCUUAUUACUCUUAGAUAGAUACGUCGCACCUUGCUUCCCAGCUAAACUAGUUCUUGCUAUUGAUAGAAGUUUUAUAAAUGGAUGGGUUUCCCCAUUGCAUUGGAUGGACUUCUGUGAUUUGAGAGUCAAUGAUUGGAAAAACUUAUCUGCUGGUCAGUGAAAUGUUCAAAUGCAGUAUAUAGUCAAUUCCAGGCUUCUGCCCUGGCUCUAUGUCAUCUCAUGCUUUAAUAACCAUUAAUUCGAGGUUCAUUUAGCAUAUUGAAGAGAAUUAUAGGGAGCGGGGAAAGGCGUAGGUUGGUGAUGGUUAAGUGUCCCCGUUAUGGCAUGAAGACAAAAUGUUUUUGGAUCCCUGCAACACCUUUUUUAACCUGUACUCUUACUUUCUAUACCGUGCGAACCAGGGCUUGGUCCCGUGGGAAUACUACUGGUUUUGAAUCUGGAGGUACCUAGUUUUGUUUCCAAAGGUUUCAAUUCACGAGUCAAUAGCUUUAGUUCUUUUAGGAGAAUUCAUCCUCUCCAACUUGACCAUCUAUGGAACAUCCAGGGUGCGGGUUGCAAAUGGGCUUGGUGCAGGGAAUGCUAAAGGGGCCCAAUUUGCAACCAUUGUAUCAGUGACAACAUCAGCAGCUGUUGGACUGUUCUUUGGCAUAAUCAUCAUGGUCUUUCCCGAAGAACUUGCUGCAAUCUUCACAUCGAGCUCCUCCGUUAUCUCAAUGGUCAAUGAAUUGGCAGCGUUGCUGGCUUUCACC